AUGGCGACAGUCGUCGACGUCUCUGCGUCCCUCGGUGACUACAUGCUCAAGGGAUGGGUAUUGACUGAUCGUAAAUGCCCUACACUAGGGUGUACAGUCCCUCUUGUCAGAUCUCCAAAUGGCCGACUACCAGUCGUCUCCUUGUGUGUCAAGUGCGAUGCUGAGAUACCGCAAGCUGCACAACCACCAAACACAUCCACUCUGACUGCUUCCUCCGGCCCAUCCUCAGAGUCUGAUAAUUCACGAUCAUCAACUCCUCCUACCGAGUUUUCUCAAGCACCUAGCUCUCCUGUAUAUGAAUUGCCUCCGGAAACUGAUGAAUCCCGUCGACGUCGUGAGCAGUCUGAUCAAGCAUCCUCAGAGAUCGGGAAACGGCUUUUAAGAGGAUGGGCAAUGCUCGGAGAUGAAUGCCCCAACAAUGCAUGUUUGGGCGUUCCAUUAGUCCGACCGCCGAGGUCUGCAAGCGAGAAAGAUCCCAGGAAGGAAUGCGUUAUCUGUGGAACCACGUACAUCACUGAAGUCGACUGGGCUGGACGCGAAAGACUCGUUCCAUAUGAAUCCCAAUCAGUAGCUGCUGAUAAUGUCGCUCCCCUCUCCCAGACCAACAACUCACAAACCCAGCAACCCUUAGGUUUCGCGUCUAUCCUUCCUCCGAUACCUACUACGAAUUCUCAUACCCUUACUGUCCCUCUUGAACAAAAUCAUAAGUCCGAAUCACCUUCGACUACCUUGCAGGAGGUCAAGAAUCCACGACUCGACGACGUCAAUUCUUCUUUGGAUGACACUGCUCGAGCUCUUCGAGGGUCACUUCAGUCCCUGUCUUCACGGUUAACCUCACUGUCAUCUGGUAGCGCCUUAGAUCCAGCAUCUAUCGCCGCCACAGCUGAUGCAAUUGGCAAAGUUACGAAAGCUCUAACUGAAGUGCGUCAGCUGCAAUGGAGCGAAAAUCAGACAAGCGGCAUGGUUGAGCCAUAA